GCCUGUUUCAGCCCAUCUACCUUCUUUCUUAUGGGUGUACCUCAGCUGGAAGCGGUCCAUGUAUGGCUGUCUAUCCCUUUUGGCUCUAUGUACAUCAUGGCAGUGCUGGGGAACUGCACCAUCCUCUUCAUCAUCAAGGAAGAGCCGAGUCUCCACCAGCCCAUGUAUCUCUUCCUUUCCAUGCUGGCUGUCACUGACUUGGUGCUUUCCUCCUCUGCACUGCCCAAACUGCUAGCCAUCUUCUGGUUUGACAGCAAGGAGAUUAGUUUCCAUUCAUGCCUCCUCCAGAUGUUCACCAUCCAUUCUUUCGCCACAGUUGAGUCAGGGAUUUUCCUGGCUAUGGCUUAUGACCGUUAUGUGGCAAUAUGUACUCCCUUGAGACACAAGGCCAUCUUAACCCAUUCAACAGUUGCCAAGAUUGGGGUGGCUGCUGUUCUGAGGAGUUUCUUUUACAUCUCACCCCUUCCUUUGCUUGUAAGAAGACUGGCUCGCUACCGCACCAAUAUCAUUCCACACUCUUAUUGUGAGCACAUGGCUGUGGUGAUGCUCUCCUGUGAGGACACCUCUGUCAGCAAUAUCUAUGGUGUGACAAUUGGCUUUGUGAUACUCAUCAUUGACUCCCUGGGCAUUGGUGUGUCUUAUGUUUUCAUCCUCCGGGCAGUGAUGAAUUUGGACACAGCAGAGGCCCGACUAAAAUCUUUUAGCACUUGUAGCUCCCAUAUUUGUGCCAUCUUAGCUUUCUACAUCCCCAUAGUUGUCUCCUCCCUGAUCCACAGAUUUGGCCACCAGGUCUCUCCUCCAGCUCACAUCCUUCUGGCCAACUUCUACCUCAUCUUUCCCCCUGUCUUAAAUCCCAUUGUUUAUACUAUCCGGACCCAAGUAAUGCAGAGGAAGUUAAUCAAGAUGCUAUCCUGGGCUGAGAGACCAAUCAGAGGCCUUUUCUAA